GGACCAGGUCUCUAAUCAGAAACGGGGGACCUAAUUCUUGCAUUCUGUGAAAACGGUGAUUGAUUCUUUUGGAAAAUUACCGUCAGGAAUGUUAGGAAUAACACUAUGGAUAUCGGGAGAUUAUGACCAGUGUUUGGACAUAAAAAUGCCUCAAAAUAAAAAAGUGAUCACCGAUAAAGGAAAGGAACAGGUUCGAGGCAAAUACUGUGCCCUGACAAUUGGAAUGCAAGAAUCACUGAAACGUAUAGCAAAGUCUAUUCAUAAGUUGGAAAAUAAUUCAUUGAUUAAACUAGCAAAAGAGAUUAUUAAACCAGCGAAGUUUGAAGACAUAGUAAAAACAGAGUUAGCCUAUACAAGAAUGAGAAUACGUUUGGAUGCGUGCAUUCCGAGUACAUGUAGUAAUAAAGACUUAAAACACGUUGGGAAUUGGAUAUUCGGGACAGCGGUAGACUUUAAUGUCGAAUAUUGCAAAAUCAAAGAUGAACGCAUUGAAUACAGUAACGGACAAUUGAUAUCGUUAAUUGUUCUCGGCAUAUUUAUUGCAUGGGUAGGAUUGGCAACGUUAACAGAAAUAUUAAUGAGACUUCAUAUUAUUCCUUUGAAGGCGAGUAAAGAUAAAUUUUUCGAGUAUAUUCUCGGAGCAUCACCUUGUAAAUCUCUACAUCAAUUAUAUUCGACGAAUCUUGACGAAAGUACGAAAUCGAUGUGUGGUGUAAAAUUUCUUCUAAUAAAUAUUGUGGUGUUGGGACAUGUAUCUUUUGCAGCAUUAUUUUACCCCACAACAGCAGUUAAAUAUACCAACAACUAUAAGCAUGUGGAUCUUUUUUUAUUCGAAAUUAUUCUCCAAAGCUUCACUAUGAUAGAAUCGUUCUUUUUCUACAGCGGGUUUAUGGUAAUGUAUCUGAGACAAAAAAGUGGACGAAACUCUGCGAAAUACUAUGUCAUGUGUUUAGUCAAGCGAGUUAUCAGAUAUACACUUCCGAUAUUCUUCGUUUUGGGCUUCGUAAUUCUUCUGCCUCUUCUUGGAGAAGGUCCUCAUUGGGAUAUUAUUAUUAGUCAGGGAAAACACAUGGAAAACGAAUGGUGGAAAUAUAUCAGCCAUAUUCAUAUUUACUCAAUCGGUGGAUCGAUGGUGUUUAUCGACGUAAUAUGGUUCAUCAGUGCGUUGCUGCAACUUUCCAUCUUAAUGUCACUGUUAUUAUAUAUUGUCGACAGAUGGUCCAAAUUUCGAAGACUUGCCAUAAUUGCAUCCAUGUUAACAGGGAUUAUCUUGUAUAUAGUUGAUGUAGUUUCGAACAGAUAUUACAUGAUGCUUGGAAUACCUGCAGUUUUUGAGGAAACCUAUAAAUAUUUUGCUUAUAAUUACAUUAAACCAUAUUAUUCUCAUCUUGGUACUUAUUGUUUCGGUGCUUUAAUUGGAGAUAUAUUAAGGAAGAAGAAGCAGGUCACAUUUAGAAAGAACAACAGAUUAUAUUCAAAUGGAGAAUUAUUUAAACAAGCUUUACUUAUUGGUUACGAUUCUCUCUUUGAUACUUUUUCUAAUAAGCCAGAAAUAAUUAGUGCAAUAAACGAUUUACAGUUGUUACUCAAGACAAUAAAAAGAAGGACUGCGGCAGUAUCUACGUAUAUUAAAGAUCGACUCGAAGCUGAUGCGAAUAGGUGUUCUUAA